UCCAUCUCCCCAUCUUUGUUCCUGCCACCAGCCCUGGGCACUGAGUCCUGGACAAUGCCACCCUCUGUCUCUCGAGCGCUCCUCCUGCUGGCCGGCCUGGGCUGCCUGCUGCCCGGCUUCCUGGCCGACGAGGCCCAGGAGACAGCCGUUUCCAGCCAUGAGCAGGACCACCCAGCCUGCCACAGGAUCGCCCCGAGCCUGGCCGAGUUCGCCCUCAGCCUGUACCGCGAGGUGGCCCACGAGUCCAACACCACCAAUAUCUUCUUCUCCCCGGUGAGCAUCGCCCUGGCCUUUGCCAUGCUCUCCCUGGGGGCCAAGGGGGACACCCACACCCAGGUCCUGGAGGGCCUGAAGUUCAACCUCACGGAGACGGCCGAGGCCCAGAUCCACGACGGCUUCCGGCACCUCCUGCACACCGUCAACAGGCCCGACAGCGAGCUGCAGCUGGCCGCCGGCAACGCCCUGGUCGUCCACGAGAACCUGAAGCUGCAGCACAAGUUUCUAGAAGACGCCAAGAACCUGUACCAGUCCGAAGCCUUCCUCGUCGACUUCAGGGACCCCGAGCAGGCCAAGACCAAGAUCAACAGCCACGUGGAGAAGGGGACCCGAGGGAAGAUCGUGGACUUGGUGCAAGAGCUGGACGCCCGCACACUGCUUGCCCUGGUGAACUACGUUUUCUUCAAAGGGAAGUGGGAGAAGCCCUUCGAGCCCGAGAACACCAAGGAAGAGGACUUCCACGUGGACGCCACGACCACGGUGCGGGUGCCCAUGAUGUCGCGCCUGGGCAUGUAUGUGAAAUUCCACUGUAGCACGCUGGCCAGCACGGUGCUGCGCAUGGACUACAAGGGCAACGCCACGGCCCUCUUCCUCCUGCCCGACGAGGGGAAGCUGCAGCACCUGGAGGACACGCUCACCACGGAGCUCAUCGCCAAGUUCCUGGCAAAAAGCAGCUUCAGGUCUGUCAGGGUCCGUUUUCCCAAACUCUCCAUCUCUGGAACCUACGACCUGAAACCCCUCCUGGGCAAACUGGGCAUCACCCAGGUCUUCAGCGACAACGCGGACCUCUCGGGGAUCACGGAACAGGAACCUCUGAAGGUGUCCCAGGCCCUGCACAAGGCGGUGCUGACCAUCGACGAGAGAGGGACCGAAGCUGCCGGGGCCACAUUUGUGGGGAUCAUGCCAUCGUCUCUACCAGAAAGUGUCAUUUUUGACAGGCCCUUCCUCUUUGUCAUUUACAGUCAUGAGCUCAAGAGUCCCCUCUUCGUGGGGAAAGUGGUGGAUCCCACCCAACACUGAGACCCCACCCCAGCACAUUAAAGCUCUGAGCUGCUCUCCCCGGGGGCAGCCCCUC